AUGGCCCUUCUGGAACUCGACGACACGCCCACGAGUAUCGCACGUAGGGACGUGACAGCAUUCUCAGCCCACAGGACUGCGUCAACUUUCUACGUUUCACGCAAUCGCAAGUGAGUGCAUGUCGCAGCUAAAUAUCAUAUCGUUGCUGUGGCUUGGACAUGUGUAGACUACUCCGGUUAUCAGCAGCAGCAUAUGACGUUCAACAGCACCACAAGUAUGUCAGCAUCCCGUGGGUCGCGAGGGGUUAGCCGUUCUGGGUGCGUGAAGCCACCCUGCUAUGUUGGACCCACAAACCAACGGAGAGGUGUGCACUGGAAUAACAAGUAGCACAUCGUUCUUCGCUUUUCUGUGUGGUGUCACGUGAUGCAGGUUAUUAUGCUGAUGCUGGAUCUGCUGUUGAUCCCCGCGUUCAUCCGAGCUGAUUGUGGGUUCGUGGUAAGCGGACGUGAGGCUCUGUGCGUGCUCCUGUAUCGGCUCGCUUUCCCAUUCCACCUGAAGGACAUGCGCUUGGUUUUCGGGAUGAGCGAAUCGUGUAUCUGCGAAGCCUUCAACUGGAUGUUGCAUUUUCUAGACUUCAGGUGGGGGUAUCUGCUGUCCCUCGUCGUGGCACACCUGCUGCCGCACCUGAUCGAGUUUGCGGAAGCAAUCUUCAACUCCGGCUGUCCUCUCACUCACUGUUGGGGAUUCAUCGAUGGCACCGUGCGUGGCAUUGCAAGGUGA